AUGACGACCAUGCAGCAGUCUCCUACAAAGCAGAUAACAGAACGCCUCCAGCGUCUCAACUUGUACUCUGGAGAUGAACCUCAAUCGAGAAAUGUGAGAAGUCAAUCUGAGACCCUAACCAGUGCAAAGAAUCAUCUUCAUAUUCCCAAGCUGAUAUUUAACCAAGACUUUGCUGAUGAGAGUAGAGUUGGUGAAAAUACUGAUAUCUUCAGAAGCCCGGACUCUGGUGCUGCUGAUAUAGACUCAGAUGCUACAGUGGAUGAAGGUGAUACCGUGGUACAUAAUAAGGAAAAUGCUGAUACAACACUGCCAGAUUGGAUGGCUGUUAAGCUGAAGAUGCAAUCAUCAACUACGACAAAGAAAAAUCCUGCUAAACCCAAACUUAUCAAUAGAAACAAAGAAUUCAGAUCAACUCAUUUGAAACCAAAGUUGGUUAGUAGUGUUACAGAUUCAGAAAGUGAAUCAGAAAUUUUCAAAAAUGAAACUUGGGAAGAGAUGAAAAAACAAUAUGAUAUAGGUGGGUUUGAUGACGAUGAUGAUGAUAAAUCAAUUGAAGAGAGUGGUGGUGUUGAUGAUACAAUUACUGAGGCUCGCAACUUGAAUGAUACAAGCGCUUAUAGUUUCCAAGAUAUGAAUAAUUUAAGAAUUAUAUCAGAUGCACAAACUUCAUCUAACGGUACCAAAAAAGUCACAUCUUUCAAGUCAGACUAUAUUGACUCACCAAUGGCAGCUCCAAAGAUUUUAAAGAGUUUCAAACAACAAACAAAACCAAGUUACACUGAAACAGAUGACAAGGCCAACGAUAAAGUGGAAAUUAAAUUGAUAACACCCGUUGAAAUGAACAUGAAGUUUGAUCCAGACGAUGGUAAAUGGGUAUCACCUGAGCAAGUGCAUGAACCCAAACCAAAAUAUGAUGAUAUACUGGUAAUUGAAGAAGAAAUUAAGAAACCAGUUAUUAAAAUACUUGAACCUACACCAGAUAAUACCAUGAAAACUACGCUAGAUAUUGAUCCUCAACAAAUCACUAAUGUUUCACAAUUGGAUCUUUCAUUUUCAGAGUCAAGAAAGACAUUGAUCUCUGCUUUGACUAGUGUUAUAAAGCCAAAAACGGAUUGGGAUAAGGUUGAUGAAGUUGACCUCUCACAUAAAAGGCUAAUAACAGUUAAAAGUCUUGAAGAAUUUUUACCUAAACUGCUGGAAAUAAACUUAAAUUUCAACAAUUUAACAACAAUUGAAGGGUUAUCUUCAAAUUUACAAAGUGUUUCCAUAUCACAUAACAAAAUAAGUGACCAUUUUUUGAAUUUUAAGCAAUUUCAAUAUCUUCACAAAAUUGAUAUUAGUUUUAACAAGUUGACUAAUAUGAAACUUUUCCAAAAUCUAAGAAAUUUGAGAGAAUUGAACUUGUCAAAUAAUGAUAUCAAAGAUUUUGUGGAAUUACCUUCCUUACAGGUAUUAAAUGUGUCUAAUAAUGAGAUAAACGGAGAAUUGAACUUUGACAACUUCAAAUUCCCAAAUUUAGAAGUUUUAGAUUUGAGUGGGAAUAAACUCAAUAAAGUUGAUAUGACGGGCUUAAAACAGUUGAGAAUUUUGAAAUUAAAGAAUAACGAAAACUUGCAACACUUAGAGAUUGAGGAAAAUUCAACUAAACUAAAAAAAUUAAACUUGGUGGGGUUGAAAAAAUUGUCAAAAUUUGAAUGCUUGGAUAAGUUACAAAGUUUAAGAUCAUUAUCAAUUGAAGGGACAACUUUAGUGAAAGGUAAUUUUCCAAGAUUGGAGACAUUGAAAGUCAUUAAUGACAAAAAACUUGAGAACCUUUUCAAUGGAUCCAUUAAAGUGAAUAAGCAUUUAUUAUCAAUAACAUUAGAAGAAUGUUCAAUUGAUUCUAAAGUAUUAUUAAACAUGAAUAAAUUUCAUUCAAAUUUCCCACACUUACAAAGAAUCAGUCUUGAAAAUAAUGAAAUCAAAGACAAUUAUUUAAACUUAGUUGUCUUUUUCCAAAAGUUCAAGAAUUUACAAAAAAUUAAAUUAGAUAAUAAUCCAAUAGUUGAUGAAUUGAAAAAUGAACAAGAUAAAAGGCUGUUUAAACUGAUGAUCAAGAAGCUGACUAGUGAUUGCUGA